GAAAUCCAAUGCGCACAUCCUUUGAUUGUUCGCAAGUAAUCUUAAGUUAGUUCAGCACGAGAGAGUUACAUUAAAUCCGAAGUGUCGCGUUAAACGUUCCGAGGGUAUAUAGAAAUUAUCUUGGGUUGGCUAAGCAACUUCCAUUACCUACUUUGUGUGAAAAUCGUGAGCUUGAAAUUAAAUGUAAACCAUAAACGACCUACGUAUAUGAUUUUCAAUUAUACACUCGCUGCAUUUUAAAGUUCUAAUUCAAUGACGGACUGUAAAGUUUGACUAUUGGGGCAAUUAAGUUUUACGAGGAUAUUUGUGGACACGAAAAGAGGAGAAAAUGUGGAUUUCAUUCCAAGUUUAUAUUUUGUUUAUACAUGUUUGUACGGGUGGCGCCCAGUACCUGGGAUCCAGCCGGCUGCUUCAGGAGCUACGGACUGGUUAUGAGCGUCACGUGCCACCCACGCGAACCGCCGCCUCCCACGUGUCUGUCCGUGUGUACCCGUCCAUCGUCCGAAUCAACGGACUGGACGAAAGCCGGGAAGCCUUGUCUGCGACGAUUAGUCUCUCCAUGAAUUGGUCUGACCAGCGUCUGACGUGGAACCCUGCCCAGUAUGACGGUGUCCAGAAACUAUUUCUACCCGCGGACACAAUUUGGCUGCCUGACGUCGGUGUUCAUAACACAGUGGAUGGUCUCAUCUCCGAGCCAAGCACGAAUCACCUUGUCGAGGUCUCCCACGUCGGUCAAGUUCUCAUGGUCUCCGUCAUGCACGUGCAUACGUACUGUAGAAUGACGUUGACGGACUUUCCACGUGACGUCCACGUGUGUGACGUCAUAAUUGGUUCAUGGAUGUACUCAGCCAAAACUCUGAUACUGGAAUCUUGGAACGGCGAGACAGUGAUCGAGCAGGUGCCAGUAUCGUCGGAUACUGAUGACGUCAUCCCAUCACGUGACGGACGGUCAUGGGAGCUGUUGGGCCGUGCCGCGUCGGCCAUUAUCAAACUUGUCUCUUAUAGAUGCUGUCCAGAUGAGCAGUACGUCCAGCUUACGAUGGCGAUGACGUUACGUAGACACGCGCCGUUCCUAUGGCUGGCUAUUGUGGUUCCGCUGCUCAUAUUGUCGUUAUUGGCCGCACUCCAGUUUACCAUCCCGGCAGGAAACACACAGAGACCCUUCUUUGGUAUGUUGGUGGUUCUGGCGGAGAUGAUGUAUGUUCACUCAAUGUUCCCCUACAUACCGGACAGCGUCGACCCUCCUGUCAUAGUUAAACUGGCGGUCGCCAACGUUCUGUGCGCUUCCAUCGCCCUCUGUGUCUCCCUAGCAGUCAGUCACGUGACAACUACUUCCGGUCGACAGGGGCAAAGGCUUCCACCACUGUUUGCAAAGGUUGUUGCUAUGACAACUUGCUGCUCAGUACAUAUUGAGGGGCUUUCCGGAAUACCGUCACGUUCCAAUUGUGCGUCUACACCUGAAGAUGAAGCUGUCACUCUAAUGUCCCAUAAUAACGCGAAUAUACCUAAUAAUACCAUCGACUGUAACGGGAUAGAACUGAGCGAUAUAACAGAUGUUAAUAGUAAACAAAUUGUUAAUAAUAACGUGUUUUCCACUUUAGAACGAGAAUUAAGAAAAAUAAACGAACGGGUUAAGGAAAAACAGGGCAAGGAUUUAAUAGCAACCCACUGGACCAUGUUUGCCUGCUUCAUAGAUAAAGUAUUUCUAUGUUUGUUUCUAAUUGUGUUAUUAGUUAAUUUGACAAUAAUUGCUGUGCUAUAAUUUUAUAGUUACAUUUGUGAUAUAAAUUUUGCUUUUGUGUUAUAAGUUUAUAAAAUUAUGAAUAUUCUUUAUUUGAAAUUAAAUCAAGAGCUGUAGCAAUGUAUA